GCGUGUGAUUCGUGUUUAAUCUGCUAUGCUGUGCUGGGAUUGGCCAAAAUUGUCUACUUGCCUUCUCUCUCUCUCUGAUUCAUUGAUUCAUUCAUCACAAUCAGCAAAAGCACAACUGAAAAAGAAGAAUACAUACAACUACAAUCCAAUCCAACUUGUGCAGUCUGGCGGGGCGGGCGGGCGUUAUCCACUGCCUGCCAUAUCAUAAUAACGCAAUUCCACUACACAACAAUAACAAUAACAGUAACAGGCAUGUUUCUCUUUCUCUUCCUCUCCCUCUUACGCAUUCCAUUUCCGUUUUUUAUUUUCCUUAUAAAUUAUUAGUUUUUUAUGUUUUAUUUUAUCAUAUAUCAUAUAUAAUAACUUGAUCAUAGUUGUUUUAGAUGGAUUAGGCAAUUUUUUCUCCAUUCAUUUCCAAUUUGACUAUAAUUUAGUUUAUUCUAGUUUCCAAUUUUGAAUUUUGAUCUAGCGAGUGAUAUUGUAUAUGCCAAUUUGACUACACAACAAUUCUUAGAUCAGCAACCUAUGAAGCACGGACACAGACAAGAACACCAGACACGACACGGACACUAACACAUUGACACCGAUAAAAAUUUGGAAAAAUGGCAUAAUUUAGUGUAAUCAUAAGUGUCGGUGUCGACACGUGUCUGUGUCCGGCAGUGACACGCCUAAUCUGAUGAGUGUCGGUGCUUCCUAGUCAGCAACUGAUUAUUAUUUUUUAUAUAUAAAUAAAAGCAACUCCGUUGGAUGUAUGGUGCGGUUGAAUUUCCAGCAACUUGUAUGUAUGAUUGUCGUUUCUUGUCAAAUGUCACGGCUUCUAUUUCUAGUUGCAUUAUUAUUAUUAUUAGGACAACAACAUUUUCAUCCACUCUUUCUGCCAUUGGUCAGGUGUCCCAAUGGACCAAUAUUACUACUUUCUUUCUGCGCUAUUAUUACUUUGUUAUUUAACCAUCAAGUUAGCUUUGGGGGAAUGCUUUACCAUCAUUUUACAUCAAUUGCAGUCGCGGAUGCUGUUGUGAUUGUGGUCGUUGCAAUUGUUGUUUUGCAAUGCGCAUUGCAACUGUUACGGCUUGAAAUAAUUUUAAAUUUUCACAAAAUGUAUAAAGUGGCACCACCAUUCCGCUACACUAUUUAUCUACCAUAGUAGAGUCUUAGUUUGCUCUCGAAAUGCCGAUAAGGAGGUACUUGAAAUACACAACUGAGAGAUUGUUAAAAGCAAGAUUUUUCAUUUGAUUUGAAGAAGAUUGAGAUUUAGGGUUCUACAAUUUUAAUUUUUUGUGAGAAGAUUUGAACGAAAAUGGGAGAGAUCAUUUAAUGUAGUUUUAGAUGCGGCUGUACACGUAUUUGAAACCGUUGCGGCCACAAUUGCAAAUGCAGACCACAAUUUGAAACUAUGCUUGUGGGUGAAAAAAAAAAGGUGAUUGAGAGAGGAUGUCUCACUAAAGAUAGCCACUCAGGUUCUCCGACAAAUAUUAGUUAUCAAUAAAGUCGGCGGAUAAUUUACACUAAUACAGGAUUGAACAAAACUGUAUAGUUGAAAACUUUAGAAUAGUGAGGUUGAGAGGUACAUGGGAUCACUGUGAGGUCAAGCUGAUGGGGCAUGCCUGCACAUGGGAUUGUUGUCAUGGCAAAUCUAAGGGUGGUGAGGGAAAAAGAAGACAAGGGGAAGGGGGAAAUAAACCUCUUAAGUUAUUUUAUCAUAAAAUGUUGAUUUAAAUACAUUAAAAAAGCCACAUUAUUAGAAAAAUAAUGACUCUAUAGCCUUCACAACACUUUAUACCAAAUCGCGUAUAGUGGAACAAUAACAAUUUGUUCAAAUUCUGCUACGCUAUAAGGCCGCUGUCUAUAACAACAUUGUAAAUAAUACGAAAAGAAAUACUCUAAAUAUGAAUGACACAUGAUGGUAAAAGUAAAAGGAAGUUCUUUGCGAUUAUUAGAUAAAACAAUGAAAUUGAAGCAUCUUACCAGGAAAAUCAGACGUCCGUUAAGAGAGGAUACAUAGAGACAAUUGAAAGGAGGGUGGGGAAGUAGUGAGCAGGGUAAAAGAAAUAGGAAUGGGGUGUUUUUGUCCUUAAUAAACUAUAGGUUUCAAGAGGUCCAAGUUCUCUGUUUUCCUGAACAGAUUCAAAUGAUCUUCAACUUGUUUAAACAGAAAAUUUGGAGUUUCUUUCCUAUCAUGCAACAUUUGGAAAAUAUAAGACAAGUUUAUAACAUUAGUGGAUAUUCUUCAGUCAUUUUACAUAGGCCCUUGCUGACGUUUUAGAAGCUUGGUCCCAUAAUAUUCACACACAAGGUACCAAAACAUCAAUAAUUGUUCAAUGCCAUAAUUGCCCUCUGCUUUUGCUUAUCUAAUUUGGAUUUCUCCAGUAUUAGAGACGUUCAUUUGGAGAGUGAGUAAAGACAAUUUUAAAUGUAUCACUCUCUCUUCAAAUAGGCAUCUUCGAUACUAGAGAAGAUCCGAAUUUUUAAGAGGCUUAGUCACUUUGAAUGUGUGAAGAUUUUUUUCGAAAUAGAAAUAGUCUUCCUAAUUAUGGAUUUUGUUGGCCUUGUCUAGAGUUUGGUUUGGUCCCUUAGUUUCAUGUUUGUAAUUUACUUUUCUCUUUUUAAUAACAUUUAGGGGUAAUGCAUGUGAUUAAUAUUUCAUUUGAUACCAACUUUUUCAGCUAAAUUUAAAUUUAAAACUAUUGAAAACACAGCUAAUGUGUUAAAUUGUGAUUGGAUAAUAAUAAAAACAACACACAAGAAACCACAUUUUAAGUUUUUUGUACAUAAAAAAUUUACAUAUCAAGUAAGUAGGAAAAUAUUAGCCACUAGUUCUUAAGGGCAUCAGUACCCUUUCAAAUACAAACAGUAGGAAAGUCGAAAGGAAUAUCAACUUUUUCCCUCUUUUGUAUUGUAUUCAGAAUUUUAGAUAAUGCUGGCCUCUUUCCAUUUUUAAAUAGUUUUUCAUGAUAUGUUUCAAAGAAUUAAGAAUAUACGGGACAUCUACUAUCAUUGUAAACUAAUUUUACACUGAUGUUUAGUGAUAAUGUAACAUUUUUUGGCUAUUUUUAAAUUGUAGUUACAAAGUGGGUUUAAGUGACAAUAGUACGAGUCCUAAUUAGAAGUUGGUUUAAAACUAUUUUACACCGACAUGACAUCUCCAUUAAACUUAUGAAUUAAUUUUGAAGGAAUAACAAAGUAAAAACUGUGGUAAUAUUAUGUGUUUGUUAUUCUUCAGUGCAUCUUGUUAGAAUGAAAGGCUUACCUUUUUAAUUACUUAUACAAGUUAUGUUGUAUAGUUCUGUUUAUUAUUUCUCUAUUUAGAUGGUAUUUUUUCUUCCUGUGAUUUUUCGAUUUUCUGUUCAGUUUAUCUAAACUAUUUUGUUCAAAUGGAAUCUGAGGAUUCAAAUUGUUAUGAUGAUAUGCUUUAGAAAGCAAUUAAAAGCAACUUAUGAUGAAUGUUUAGCUCCACUUUUGGAGAGACCAAAUUGAUUUUAGAAAUGUAUAACAUGUUUGAAUAUUUUUUAGUAGAAUUUAUUUUGCCUUUAGAUUAAUUCUCAUUUGAAGUUUUUGCCUCUACAAUCAAUUUGAGCUCUCCCUAAGACGGAUCAUUCGGGAGAACCCGAGUUGAAUUCUUGGUGGAAACAAUUCUUGGCCAAGCUUUCCUAACCUCGAGGUCGAAGUCUGAAUUACCGGCCCCCCCUUCUCCUGGGAACCAGAGGGCAAAUACCAAAUUUUUUUUUACUGAAUUAUCAAAAUCAAUUUUUAUCACAAAAGAAAUGAGCCAUGUAGAGUUAUUUACUAAAUUUAAGCAAAUUAUUAUUGGAGAUAUGGCAUGAUGAGACCAAGUGUGACUAUGUAAUAGAUAUGGCAUGGUGAGACCAAGUGACCAAGUAAUAAAUUGGUUAUAGACAUAAAUAUUUUAUUUGUAGACUAAAGUCCAAAAUAUUUUAAAGACCCUAGGCUGUCCCCAACUAUUUAUAACGCUCAUGAGGCCUUCCAGGAGGACCAGAACUUUCUUCUGAUCGCUAUACCUGCCCCCAACAUUGUGUGCUUUUGUCCCUCUAAUUGUAGGAGAAAACCCUCCCUUCUGAAUUCUAUUUACACCAGACUUUAUACCAAACAACAUAUAGAUGAAAUAAAGAAUUAUAACAAAAGGAAUGGAAUUAGAUAGCCUAGUGAAACAACUAAGUACAACAUCUAGAGCAAAAGACUUAAUAAUGAACCCAAAAGACCAAAACUUUGUGAAUGAUGGUAGUGUUUCUGUUAAUCAAAAUUUAUCAAAAAAAGGCAAAGUUGUUGAUGCUCAACCACAACAAUAUAAAAAACAAGUUAGGAGAAGACUCCAUACUACUAAGCCUUAUCAAGAAAGGCUAAUGAAUAUGGCAGAAGCUAGGAGAGAAAUCGUCACCGCCUUGAAAUUUCACAGGGCAUCUAUGAAAGAAGCAAGUGAACAACAGAAGCAGCAGCAGCAGCAGCAAGAAUUUCAAGAACAGCUGCAAAGACAAAGACAAUCACUAUCCCCUCAGCUUUCACAGCACCAAAGUUUUGAGCAAGAUGGUAGAUAUAAUAAGUCUAGAAGAAAUCAUAGAAUUUAUCCAUCAUGCAUAACCAAUUCUUCAAGUUACUUGAAUGAUUUUUCAUAUCCUUCAGUUCAAAAUUCUUACACUUGGCCUGUUGCUUCUGUUUCUCCGAUUGCUCCACCAACAGCAACAACCCUUUUUGCCGAAAACCUUAAUUUCAUUCUUCCAAAUCAGCCUUUAGGACUAAACCUCAAUUUUCAUGAUUUCAAUAACUUAGAAUUUUCUGUUCACAUUAAUAACCCUUCCUCAUCAUCUUCUUAUUCAUCUGGAACAUCGUCUUCGGCUUCACAAGAUGUUCCUUCUGUUGUAACAUCAUCACAGGUAGAAGGUUUUUCUAUUGAUUCAAAUGCUACAACUCAUGUCAAUGGAGGCUUACAUACUGUCAUGGAUGAUGAGGCUAUGGCUGAGAUAAAAUCCUUAGGUGAUCAAUAUCAAAUGGAAUGGAAUGAUACUAUGAAUUUGGUUAAAUCAGCUUGUUGGGUUAAGUACUUAAAACAUAUGGAACAUGGUGCACCUGAAAUCAAGGCUGAAAAUGAUGCAUACCUUGAUUUUGAUCAAUCGUUGGAGUUUCCAGCUUGGUUGAAUGCAAAUGAAAGCUGUCUUGAGCUGUGCUCAGAAGAUAAUUUCCAAGAUUCUACUUUACCUUGAUUGUGUUUUGAAGUACUCUGCUUAAGCUGAAUUGUGUAUUGGGUUCAGAUGGAAUAUAUAAUUUAAUAGUAAUUUUCUUGUCCUAUUUGAAUUUUACUAUGUUGAACUUGGUUAUGGAGCAUAAGUCAGGUGUUUUGAAAUAGUUUUCUUUUUAAUAAUUUAUGUUUUUUUGUCUCUGCAAUGGUCACUUGUUUUAGUUGUUUGAACUUUUUUUAGAUUUUGUCGCAGUAAUUUAAUGUAUUUGUUGUUUUAGUCUCUGAUGUUAUCUUCACAUCCAACUCAAUGUCACGUUACAUCAGAAUAUGAUGUAUCAUGCUAACACGUCAUCUAACUGAAGAUGAUAUCAGAGACUAAAACAAUUAGUAUCUUUAAUUACAAAGACGGAAUUCAAAACAAUAUAUUUUAAAGGACUAAAAUAAGAAAUUGACUGUAUUACAGAUACCAACAACAUAAAUUACCAUUUUCUUUUUCUAUUACAGCCUAAUGUGAAACAUUCAAACGGUUAAGGAUUAUAUACUAAGGCAAUCUUGUCUGUGAACUAUGAUGCAUAGUUGG